AUGUCUAGCCUUCACCGGCGGGCUCUUGCCGGGGGCAAGACCGUAUCCCGCAAAGCACGCGCGAAACCCGAAUCCGGCCUCUCUUCGUCAAACCCCUCUCCGAAUGUCUCUCCAGGCAAUUCGCGCGCAGGCUCGAGGGCGAACUCACUCCCUGGUAGCCGAUACGCUUCCGAAGACGAGUACAUGAGCGACCACGAAACUGACGACGUUAUGAGGGUGGACACUAAUUCCAUUGAUGGGGACGAGGGCGCCUUUGGUGGGGAGACGAGCAACUGGGCCGAGCGGCUUCGAGACCGAGUAACCGAGCUUCAGGAUCGCAAAAGGAGCAAUUUACAGGGGCGCGUGAAGAGUUUGACUGCAUACAACUUCUUGCUCGAACACAACUUUGCACAACGACAGCUCGACCAGUCCGUCGCCGAACUACUGCCCUUGUUCCUCAAGUUGAUCCAAGGCGGCAGCGAAGAAGAGCGCUCGCAAGCGCUACAGGCGUUCACGCUGACGAUCCUAACCUGCGGCUCGGACACUGUUUUCGAAGAAGCCCUACCAAUAUUGGAAGAAGCGUGCUACGAUGCAGAGACACAAGAGAAUAAAGUCGAGGCACUUCGCGCCCUCUGCAUUGCCGUGAUUCAGGGAGGUGGGUCACAGGAUGCAGCUAAGGAUCUCCUCGAGUAUUUGCUUGCAAUCAUCGAAAGCGACGGGGAGUCCGUCAACGCGCUUGACAGCGGGCCCGUCGUCACAGCUGCCCUUCAAGGAUGGGCCUUCGUAGCCAGCCACCUCUCUGACCUGACCUUCCAACAAGGCGCGGCCAUCGAAGCCUUCGAGGAACAACUGAACAGCUCAGAUGCGGGGGUACAAACCGGCGCAGGUGUCAACAUUGCGUUGCUCUUCGAGUGGGCCCGGGAGUACGAAGAGGAGACGGGCGAGAGCCCCGACAUGCAAUAUAACCAGCACCGUACCACCACGCGCAUGGAAGAGAUUGUACGCGACUCGUCCAAGUCUGUCUCGAAGAAAGACCGGCGCAACGUGCGCUCGAAGUUAUCCAGCGUCCUCACUUCAUUGGAACGUGGCAAAGGGCCUGGUUAUUCGACGGCCGGCCGCCAGGGUCCAAACCCACACACAGGCGGGGCGAGGACGGAGGACGAAGGGGAUUUCCACGAGUUUGGCUAUCGCGAACGAAUCCGUAUCUAUAAUCAGUUCUUGCUGAUAAAUACUUGGUCAUUGGAGGCUAGGGUGGAGAUGCUGAAAGCGUUACUGAAGGGUGGGUUCGGCAUUCAUUAUCUCGAGAAUCCCCUCGUGCGGGAAAUCCUGAGCGGCGCAGAGGUCGAGUUUGUCUCGGAACGGCGACCGAAGAAAUGA